AUGAACCAAGCGGCCCCUGAGUGUACAUGCAAUUUGUGGGUCUUGAGUGGCAUUCCAUAUUCCCAUGCAAUUGCUGCUCUACAUAGAGCUAAUAAGGAUCCACAGAAGAUGUUGGCUAACUACUAUCAUAAGGAGCUAUUCUUUACCAUCUAUGAUAAUGUGUUCCGAUCUAUUAAUGGAGACAUUCAAUGGCCACAGUCAGAUAUGCUGGAGUUUGACCCACCAGCAAGUGUCACUCAACCUGGCAGGCCACAGAAAGCUAGAAAGAGAGAUAUUACAGAAAGAAAAGACCAUGGCAAAAGGUUGCGAAGGAAUGUUGUAAUCCAUUGUAGAAAGUGUGGAGGGAUUGGACAUAAUGUUGCGACUUGCAAGAAUCCUCCUAAGUCAUCUAGUGUAUAA